UUGGCGGCGCGCGCGGGCCGGGCCGUUCCGGGCCGUUCCGGGCCGGGCGGGCGGAUCCCGGCGGAUCCCGGCGCAGGAUCGCGGCGGGUCCCGGCGGAGCGGGAUGAGCGGCGGGCGGCGCCGGGACGAGCCGCCGCACCCGCAGCACCACGCGGUGGCCAACGGCGGCGCGGCCGGGCGCGGCUCCGUGUGGGGCAAAGCGCUGCGCAGCGACUCCGCCUGGCACGAUAAGGACGAGUUUUUAGAUGUGAUCUACUGGUUCCGGCAGAUCAUUGCAGUUAUUUUGGGAAUCAUCUGGGGAGUAGUUCCACUGAAGGGAUUCGUGGGAAUAGCAGUAUUCUGCCUGAUCAAUGCUGGUGUUCUGUACCUCUACUUCAGCAGCUUCCAGCAGAUAGAUGAGGAGGAAUAUGGUGGGACAUGGGAGCUAACGAAGGAGGGAUUCAUGACAUCUUUUGCACUGUUCCUGGUGGUUUGGAUUAUCUUCUAUACUGCCAUCCACUAUGAUUGACACAGUCUACAGCAUUUGCCUGUUAAAUCAGUCAUCAUCAAUAGAGAAGGUUUUAAUAAAUCCUAGUCUUUAGUGGACUGGUGGCAAAGUGGGAAAGUCAAACCAGCUCUCCCCUGUACCAGUGGUCUGGGUAGCCUGGAGGAGCCCAAACUCUUCUGCUGGAGAAGCCUGUCUCAGUUUUAUAUACCCGUGAAUUAUUGGAACUAUUAAAAAGCCAUUGGAAUUUUUGGAAGUGGUUCAAGACUGUUCAAAUUUGGAACUUUCUGUGACUCUAGCCAGUAACUCUUACCAAACUCCUGUGUGCCGAAGGUUGAAACUAUUAAUUUAAUGUGUGUAUGCCCUUCUGUUUGAAAUCUGUCAUUAAACCCUGACUUGUCUUCCAUGGUUGUCCUUUAGACAAACAGUGUUUCAAAAGCAGUUGUAGGUAUGUGGGCAGAAGGCACAGCAGCACCCAGGACACGAGCUGGUGGCUGUCCUUAGCAUGUGUUUGUAGUAACCAGAUCUGAUUUGAUUAAACAGACUGUAUUGUUACCAUUUCUAAUA